GCUUCACCAUUUUGCCCACACCUGCAAGCGAGUCACUCCAUAUACUGUAAAAUAAAUCAAUGAACGAAGUAAAGAGCAAAAAUGUAUAUUUAACGAGGGAAAUGUAGUUUGCGUUCACUGAAACACUCAGGCUCCCCUGCCACUGUCUGUGAGGACAUAUGUCAAUGGUGAGGACUGACUGAGCAUUACCAGCUUAAUUUGGAAAAACUCUUCUAUCACUCAGCUUUACAUCACUCCUUGCGUCACGUGGUGCGCCUCUGACUGGGUGGUGGGCGUGUCUUAAACAGUGGGGUUUCAUUCAUAAAUACGUUUAGCUUUAAGAUCCACAUUGAAGUGUUCACAGAAGAGUUUCGUGUUAUUGGCUCUGCCCUUCCACCCCUGCAUGGACCCGGCCAGUUGAGUAGCCAUGCAGCACUGCCGUCCUGUUGCUCCGAGGCCAGUGGGCCAGCCCUGAGGGGGAACAGUGCUGCUCGGGCUCAGUCAGCUGGUUGGGCUGAGGUGGCCGAGAGGAUGCAGCAAGGGAGCUGAGGAGGAGACUCCUGAGCCACAGCCUGACACACACAUCCAGAGCUGCUGCUGCGCACUGCCCUCCAUCAGGGGGGACUCUCUAGUUGGCCUGGACCAUGAGCAAUGAGUCUACCGUCUGGAACAUCCUACCAGAAAACUCUACAGAGAUCCCAUUUGAGGCCGCGAAGCAGCAAGAUGGCUAUGUGCUCCUCCUGGUGAUCUUCUCCAUCUUCCUGGUAGGAACGGUGACCUUCGUCUCUGUCUUCCUCAUCGCCUGCCGCCGCUGCUGUCGAGGAGAGCAAUGCUGUGCCAGGGCCAGCGAUGACCCUGAGAAAACCAACACCACCUACGUGGAGGACUCUCAGCCCACCCAUGAAAUCACCAUCAGGGUGGAUGAGUCAGAGUGCCUGUCAAUGGCCAGCUCUCACGACCAGGAGACUGAGCGCUUCCUCUCUACGGGCACCACAGGCCGCCGCGUCUCCUUCAACGAGGCUGCGCUCUUCGAUCAUGGCAAGAAGGCCCAGGAGAAGGGCCGCAGGUACACUCUGACAGAGGGCGACUUCCACCACCUGAAGAACGCCCGGCUCACACACCUCCACAUGCCUCCCCCGGGCCUCAAGAUAGUCACUAUCCAUGAGUGCGACUCGGCCGAGAACAGCAUCACCAUGACGGCGCGCCCUGUCGCUAAGUCAGCACUUUCCAUCUUCCAGCCCAUGCUGUGCCCCCUACCACAAACGGCGCUGACCAGCCUGAGUGUCAAUCCCAGCUGUGCCCUCCCCGGAGAUGCUUUUAACUCUGUGGUGGACACCAGCUUCAGCAAGAACACUAUCGCUCUCAGCGUUAAAGAGCCAAGCUCCAGCUCUAUCGAGAGGAUGGGAGCGGAGCCCCGGGGCAGAUGCAGCAGCGUCAGUGUUGGAGAAGGGGCCGCGGCGAGGAGCGGUGGUGCCCCUCACGCUGGCGGCGGUGCAGGAAGCCAGGGGCCCGUGCUGCAGUUCUUCACUAAACUGCGGCGCCAUGCUAGUCUGGAGGGGGCCAGUCCCUACUUCAAGAUCAAGAAAUGGAAGCUGGACAGCAGCCAGAGAGCCUCGAGUCUGGACACCAGAGGCUCUCCAAAAAGGAGACAGUUCCAGCGCCAGCGAGCCGCCAGCGAGAGCAUGGACCAGGACGACAACGACGCGCACCACAUAGACCUCAUCCAGUACAUCGCCCGCACCCAGGACAUCACCUACUGUCCCAGUCACCCCACUACACGCCUCCUCUCGCCUCCAUCCACACCACCCCCCUCCCUCGGCAGGGUAGAGGUAGAGGUGAUGGUGGAGCCCAGCUGCAGCCAUGGAGGACCAGGGGUGAUUGGCCUAUCCCCUGAUCCCCAAGACGAAGCACUGUCCCUGGCAAGAAGGGAAGGUGCAGACCCUUCGGAACCCCUAGAACCCCAGGACCCCCAGUCCCAUUACAAUGACAUCUGGACCCUACGUGCGACACUGGAACAAUACGCCGCCUCUGAUCAGAGCAGCAACAAUGACAGGAACUCUGUCUGCAGUGAUGCUGAAAGUGUGUGUUCGCUGGGCGUGCGCAUAGAGACAGAAAGAGGAAGGCUGCUCAGCUACCCGUCCCAGGAUUUAGGGGAUGAGGCAGAGGGCGGAGAGGAUGACAAGGACAUUUCGAUGUAUAUGGACGAGAGGUUGGGGGUGAAGGAGGGAAGAAAGAGGAAACAGGAAAGCACAGAGUCCGAGCGAGGGAGCAGCGACGGAGAAACAGGGACUCGUAAAUUGCUGCAGAUGGACAGCGGCUACGCGUCGAUAGAGGCUCCUUCUCGUGGUCCUGAAGACCUGCGGCUGUGUGGGAGCUUCAGCAGCAGCCCAAAGGACACAACCGCCCACGAGAAAAGGCACCACUUUACCAACGCGGGGCGGACGGGCACUGUCGGCGAGAGCUUUGAGUCCCAUCUCUUCGAGGAGGAGCCCGAGGAAGAGUUGCUGUUGGGUGCCAGCGGAGGACUUUCCGUAGAAACAGGUGCUGGUUCACUGAGCUGGUACCCGUAUGGUCAGAUGCUCACACCGCGAGAGGCUGCGCAGCCUUCACCUCAACCGCCGGCGUUGCACCGGCGAGACUACAGCAUAGAUGAGAAGACGGACGCCCUCUUCCACGAGUUCCUCCGCCACGACCCUCAGUUCGACCAGCAGGAGUCACCGCUGAGGAAGCACCGGUCCCGGAUCCACCUCCGCAAGCAGUGGCAGCGCCACAAGCAGUGGAGCGACCCUGGUGUCAGACACUUCCAGUCCUCUUUCGAGAGACAGCGGACCCCGCUACGGAGGGGUGAGAGCGUGAACUACCCGCUGGACACGAGCUACCACAGCACGCUGCCCCGCAUCGUCAGCGGUCCAGACGAGGAGACCAGCGACGGGACCGGCAGCACUCCUGACACUCCGAAGGAGCCCAUGAAUGCUGAGAGUGGGGGCAAGGACAGGGAGCAGAGUGUCACUGUCAGAGACACUGGGGACCAUGCCUCCUCCUCCUCCUCCUCCUGCUCCUCUCCUCCUCCACCACCUUAUCAUCCCUUCAUCUCAGAGAAAGACGAAAGGCCGGGGGCGCACCACGAGCCUCAGGAGGACAGCAAACUGUCUGGGCUCCCUCCCGAGCCCCCGGACGAGCGCUUGGCCCCUCAGCUGCCCAACUCCUCAGGCUACGGCCCGCAGACCAUCACAGCAGGGCUCACAGACAAACUGGCUGCUAACCUCGACGAGAGGCUGUACUCGGGCCUUCGCAGGCCCAAGGACACAGCCACCGAGUGUGUGACGGUGGCGGCCGCACACGCUUCUCCGGACCACAGCCCAGUGUAGCAGGGCUUCAGUCGUCCUCCUCGUCAACCUCGGAACACACGUUUCUUCCCGUCAUUGAUGUGUCUCGCCACCGUUUUAAACUUCGCUGUGUGCAGCUUGAACGGUGUGACCCAGGCCCAUUAACACACUACGAAAAGUAUGCUUUAAAUCAUCAUCUUACAUACAGCCGAUGCACUAGAAAUGCAGCCAGUCUGUCUUCAUGCCUGUUGACAUUACAAAGCUUUUUACAUUUUUCAUUGAUGUAGAAAGAUUCAUUUCAAAAAUAACAGACAUAGCUAACGUAUCAAAAACCAUAUGGUUUCAGUAAUAAUUGUUUCUGGGUCUAUUUCCAUCUCUACUGCUGCCUUCCUGUCUCUGCUCUCCAGUAUGAAUAAGCGAAGUUGAGGGCUAAUAUGGCCUCUGUAAUUGUUGAUCCACUGUGAAACCAGGUGCUAUUAGAGGAAAGCUACAGAUCUGGACGCAACAGCUAGUCGCAUGAUCAUGCAUUAGUGGAAAAAUAAGUCGCUUUUAUCACUAUUCAUGGGCUAUAAAAUGAUUUAAAAUACCAACAUGAAUCAGUUAAAGCUAUAUGAGGCAUACUUAGGUUGUUGACACUGGAGGUUUAGAUCCGUAGUUCCCAACCUGGGGGUCCCAAGAGAAGUCUGAUUAUAUGUUUCUAUUACUAUUUGGUUUGGUUUCGUCUUAAGCAGUCAGUACUUAAGGACCACUCUGUCCCACUUACGCCUUUUUCAGUCAACGUGGAAGCUAUGAUAGCGAUUGCUAGGAGCAGUUAUAAUUGAAAUAUGUCUAUAUAAAGUACAAUGGUUAUUAUAUAAGUCAACUUACAACCCUGUAGAGCUACGUCAUCUCAUCCAUGCUUGUUGCCAUGUUUCAUGGAUGUAGCUAGGUAACUAGCUAUGUAGGAAGAUAAUGGCCCCAUUCUUAAUCCCGCCCACAAAGCUCUGAUUGGUGCAUUGUUUCUCCAAUCGUGGUAAACAUCCCUCAAGUCAUUUGGUCAUUGGCUCACAAGUAGACAUUAUUUGAUUAUAAGGGCCCACAAGCCAAAAAGGUUGGGAACCACUGGUUUAAACAGAUAUAACAUACGGUUAGCAAAGGCCAGAACAGUUCUCAUAAAAUGUUCUUUUGAAAAGGAAGAUGUCCUUUGAUCCUAACUGCGGGUCAUGAUGACUGGUCGUGACGUUUGUUGUUUUUGACUGAAAACGCUUCUCAGCUAUGUGUCAACUUUGUGUCGUUUAAUUUUUUUUAUUUUAUUUUAUGAAUUGUAAUAUAUUUUUGAACGUCUGCAUUGCUUAAAUGACAAUGAAAACUGAGAGUGUGGCAGGUUUGAAGAGGACAGGUUCAGAACUAACAAACCAGACAGCCAAUAGCACUCCGGUCACAGAUAUCACCGUAAUCUCCAUAAACGAUGACUCUCAGUGCUCUCUUAGUACUAGUGACAUGAGCUCUGUCCUAACAGGGAGAACAAACUCCUGUGUCUUGUCUUGUCUCUCCUGUCUUGUGCACAGGUUUUACAGCCAUGAGGUGGGCACUUACAUUUAAGCUAUUAGACAAGAUGGCUGCCCUCAAAGACGGUGUUUGGUGUUUAUUUAAUUUAUAAGAAAGGCAUGCUUUCUUGUGCAUGGGGCUCACAGAACAGGCUUUAUUUGUCCACUUCUGACAUUCUUGUUUUCCCCUCUUCCCCUCUUCCUCUUCUUCUCCUGAGAAAGUUGACAGUGCAGUAGAUGGCUCCCGCGGGGGGGCGAGGACUUCACAUCCUGCCGGCUUAUGAAACCAGCCACUGCCAUUCAAAUGAAACCCUGGCAGCAGAUUAUGGCCUGAAAAUCCAUUUUUGCUCACAGAUCUCUGCUUUUACAGGACAUCCUCAGCGGUAGCAGCAGGUUGAUUGUGACCCAGUUACGCUCAUAAAAUCUCCUUCUCAGAGGGGGCUUUUGGGCUUUCCGUCUCUCCCACGUGCAGUGAGGGGAACCACUGCAGAAGAUGGUGUUGAAUAUAAAUCCUAACGAGAGAAGGAUUUCCGCCUUUCAUCCCCUGUCUCCCUUUCUUUGUUCUUUCGAGGGUGUUACCGUGCAGUAAAUUGAAAUCACUGAAUAGAAAAUGGGGGAGACAACCAAUCAUUAUCUUUCUCUUUUUGUUUGGGUGUGAUGGCGAUGCUCCUCUCCAGCCUUCCCCAGAUUAGAUCUCUCUCUCUCUCUCUCUCUCUCUCUCUCUCUCUCUCUCUCUCUCUCUCUCUCUGCUGCGUAACAGGAGUCUCCUCUUGUGGCUAAGUGCAGAAGCUGUGUUCCUCAUUAUGACUAACAACUGAGAUAAAAGGAGGUGAAUUUAAAUAAGGAGCAGAUGUGAUGUAGAUGUUUUUUUUUGCUCUCCUUUUUUUCACGAUACCUUCCCCACAUACUGUGUGUGUGUGAGGACACACGCACAGUAUGUCACCGUGAAGAAACCCAAUGUGCUCUGGCUCUGUGCAAUCAAAGUGCGUUUUUUUCCUGACGGCGCUAAUCAGCAGAAAGGAAAUGAAAUCCCCCCCUCCCCCCUUCUCAGUUAUAAUGGAACUGAUGCACCCCUGAUGAUAAUAGUUAACUCAUCAAAUUCUGACUGGGCUUUUGAAAAGGGGAAGACAGCUGCUUCUUUUUUCCAAAGAACGAAAGCUAGAACGUCUUCGAGCUGGGUCAGUGUAAGAGAUGACGCCAUUACAGCAACUGUGUUGCAGUCGAGUCCGAGUCAAGUCUCGGCUCCCCAGUGUUCGAGUCCAAGUCCGAGUCGAGUCACCAUUACCUGAGUUUGAGUCUGAGUCGAGUCCAGAGAAUAGCGACUCGAGUACUCCAUCACUGCCUAUUACACAUACAAGAAGUCAGAAACUUCAUCCAACUUCAGAGUCCAAUUUCAUAAAUCCUCAAGCCCGAGUCAUCAGUGCGCAAGUCCGAGUCGAGUCCUGAGUCUUGAGAAUUACGACUUGAGUCAGACUCAAGUCCGAGUCCAGGACUCGAGCACCCCAUUACUGCAACAAUUGAAAGAAAAUGGCCAUAGGGGUAGAUUUUUUCCGUGUGUACAAGGAUUAAACAUUGCUGUGUAUACAAGUACAAAUGUCACAGGAGCUAGACUAAAUGGGUGUCCUUUAUUAGGUUUAGACAGACGCUGUAUAACUGGGGACACUGUGGUCAGUUGUGUUUGUCUACUAACCAGUAGCCUGUCAAAUGCAUUGAUGCAUAGCUGUGUGUAGGUCUGCAUGAGAGUUAACAUUUUAGUACAUAUCUUUGUUUUCUCAGACUUACGGUACAAAAUGGUCCAUAGUUAUGGCUCAUUUGUUAAAAGGUUGGUAUGACUAUAGAUUUUGUACUUUAAAGAGUCAUGCUAGGAUGCUGUAUGCUGAUGAGAUUUUGUGAGAUUUUUCUCUUUGAAAGUAGAAGUAUUUCUGUAUUCCUUGCUUGUUAGUAAACCGCUUUAUUUCUCAAAGAGGAGAAAAAAAAAAAGACAAGCUUUCUUAACAACUUUGCUUUUGUUGAUCCAAUCUAUUGAGCCUUGAGGGACCAAAUUAUAAAUACAAAAAUAAGUGUUAUUUUAGGGUUGUUUUCCAAUCUGUGAAUAAAUGAAUGAAGCAAAAGUGUUUCUAACUCGCUUUAUUUCAAGGGAAUGGUUGUUAAUCAAGGCGUGGGAACGGAUCACAGAUAAGGUUCCCCCUCAUGAAUCUCAUUUCAUUUUUCUCCGUUGCUUAGGCUCAUAUUGAUUUCUUGCCUCUCCUUAUCGCCUCCUUCAAAUUAAUUGGAGAGAAAAGCCAAAUCCAGCCUGUGAUCUACAAAGCAAACAUCUCAAAUGUCUGCCUUUUUCUUCUUAUUAUUCUCCUUCUUCUUAACGUAAGGUCUAUCCUACUGGCCUAUAGACCUUGAACUGCGGGGCCAAAGUUUAGAAGAGAGCUAACAAGAAUAACCGCCGUACGCUGACGAUAUCCU